CUUUUGCUGAUCCUGAGGGCUACAUAAUGACGACAACGACAACAACAGCGGUGGCCCUUAUGAUAGCGACAGUGAAGACGAUAGCGAUAAUGAUAAUGGCCAUGAUCGGAUUACAGGAGGAUACCACGGGUCAGCAGAUGUAGAUGAUGGACUGGAUGAUACUCAACAUCUAUUAUUGAAUUCAAACAAUACACGUCUCGGAGGCAUGGGUAUGGGCAUGCGUGUAGGCGAGACCGGAACGGGUACCAUGAUUGGGCUUGAUCUUGAACCACAUGGUGACUGUAAUCCUUAUGGCAGACGUCAUAGUGGCUCUAAGCUCGAUUAUGAGGAUGAGAAUAAUGACUACGACACCCUGCCACUUUCCACUAUGGAUGUCGAUAGUUAUCGCAUGAAGGGUGGCAACAAGAAGAAAAGUAGCAAAAAUAGCUCAAAAAGAAAGCAAAGGGUUAAAAGAGAAAAACAACGCGGAGAUCAGAAGGCGAAUGUUAAUGAAGGGCCCGUUCUUGGACUCGGUGCCAUUCGCACAGAACAGAUGGCAGCCAUUGCUAAGAAGCAGUUUCGAGUUCAACUUGCCUGGAACGCUUUCUAUGUCUUUGCAUGGUACUCGUGCUCAACAGCCUUAUCAUUCUAUAAUAAGUGGUUGUUCUCGCCCAAUUACCACAACUUUCGAUUUCCACUGUUCACGACAAGCUUGCAUAUGGUGGCCCAAUUCUCUCUUUCGUCUAUUACCCUGACAUUACUGCCUGCUCUACGACCAAGAGCAGCUCCUUCUGCUAAGGAUUUUGGAACAAAAAUCGUACCAUGUGCUGUUGCAUCUGGAUUGGAUAUUGGGCUUAGCAAUAGUAGCUUGAAGACCAUCACACUCGCUUUCUAUACCAUGUGCAAGUCCUCAUCAUUGGCUUUCGUGUUGUUGUUUGCAUUUCUGUUCAAGCUGGAGCGACCAACUUGGACGCUUGCGGGUGUUAUUACAGUUAUUUGUGUUGGGCUGUUCCUGAUGGUCAUGUCUGAAGUAGAUUUUGUGCUUAUUGGGUUUAUUCAAGUAAUGCUGGCAUCUGUUCUAGGUGGGCUUCGCUGGUCGUUAACGCAGAUGCUGCUUGAGAGGAGUGACACUAAAUCAGGAUCGCUUGCCAAUCCAAUUUCGACAAUCUUUUUCUUAUCCCCAAUUAUGGGCGUCUGCCUUUUCAUUGUGGCAGGGAUUUUUGAAGGAUAUGGGGUCAUUUUUGGAUCAGUGUUCUUCUCAGCUCCUUUAAUUGCGCUCGAGACUAUGGGUUUACUCUUGUUGGGAGGGCUGUUCGCAUUCAUGAUGGUUUUGGCGGAGUUUAACUUGAUUGCUCGGACCAGUGUCGUUACAUUAUCUGUGCUGGGUAUCGUCAAGGAAGUGAUGACAAUUUUAAUUUCAGCGCUCGUAUUCCGUGAUCAAUUGACGCUCGUCAAUAUCCUCGGCUUGUUCAUCACACUAACUGGCAUUGGAUUUUAUCAUUUCAUGAAGAUGCGGGAGAUGAAGGCCAAAGCUCGGCGGCAGGCUAAAGAAAUCUCGGACACAGAGCUUGCAAACGCUGCAAAGAAGAGAGAACGCAAAAUAGCAAAGAAAUUGCUCCGUGAGCAGAAAAAACGUGGUGUUGUAAAUAUUGGCGUUGGCGCUGGCCUACUUAAUAAGGACAUUAUGGAUUUGGGAAAGGAUGAUGAAGAUGAUCUUAUUAUUCAGAGUCGUCCCUCCAAAGAGUUGCCCUGGAAUCAUGGCCUAAUAUCUACUCAGAAUCCCAAUAGAUCGAGCCAAGAUAGGUUGAUGCAUGAUGAGGAUGCGUUUAUUUUGGAUGAUGGCGAGAAUGAUGCUAGGAAUGGUGGACAUGGUAUUGGUAAUGGUAAAUAGUGGAUAACAAUAUUAUUAUAGUAGUAAUAAUGAAAGGAUA